CUAGAAAUACCACCAAACCAGUUACACUGUCCUUUACACACACCUUUGGGCACAUUCACGUUUCCCACACACACACACACACACAGAUACGGACUAGAGAACACAGAAAACCUCACUCAGUCUCCACUUCUCUGUUUUUACCCGAAAAAAUAAAAAUAAAAAAUUUUCACUGGGACAAAAGAUCCAUUCUGUCCCAGUCAUCAGCUUAUAGUAUGGGAUAAGGUGCUAUAGAGUGAUGCUGGGGGCACUGCACAUAUGGUGAACCUUUCAGAAAAGAGAAAUAGAAGCUUCCAGACAUCUCAAACGGGAGGUUAUGGUCCGGACCAGAAGCUUCACCAGAUGUCAGACGCUCCUGCUCCUCAACAUUGCUCUGAACUAUGCAUCUCUGCUGCCGGCCCCUCAAAACCUCUCAAUACAGUCUGUGAAUAUGAGACACCUGCUGAAGUGGAGCCCCCUGCAGGCAGCCUGCAGUACCGUCCACUACUCUGUAAAGUUUCAGGGGGAGUAUGAAACAGACAUGCUGAAUGGAAGCUGGGUGGACGCGUAUGACUGCCAGGACAUCGUUCAGACCGAGUGUGACUUGACCCUUGACCUCGGAUCUGACUCUGAUUACAGUGUCGGUGUCCAAGCGCAAUGCGGUGGACAAACCUCAUGGACACAACUUCCAUCAACCUUCAACCGCAGAAACACUGUGCUGAUGGCUCCAAACAUGAGCGUGACUGUGACAGGAAGCCUCAUCCAGGUGGGCUUCAGUGAGCUUCUCCCACUGAUCACCAUAAACCUCCGCAUGUGGAGGGAAGGAGACGAGCAGAGUGCUUCAAGUCAAGUGAUCAGAGCUCAACCGUAUCACUUCUCCUUCGACACCCAGCAAAACGGAGGGACCCACUGUGUGAGAGCAGAGGCGCUGCUGGAGAGCAUCAACAAAUCCAGCAGCACUGAAACGCACUGCGUCUCUGUACUGAGACACCAGUCCCUCUGGCAUAAGCCUGUCACUGUGAGUGUUGCUGUGUUGAUAGCAGUGGCCAUUGCUUUGGCCCUGGGCUGGAGGCUACCACACUGCGGUCCACGGCUCAGGCAGGUUGUGUGUCAUAAAGAAGCGCUGCCUGGUGCACUGCUCGACGAUUGGCCGGCCAGCACACCGACCUUUUCCUCCAAAGCUCUGCUGGAGCCAACCCACUCUGUCGUACUGCUACAUCCAUUAGAGGCGCAGGACGCCGUGUCCGAGAAAAAGGCAACGUGUGCUGAAAAGCUGAGACUAGCACAAGGAACACUGAGUUCUGGAAAUGUGGAACAGGACUUAAUAGUGCUGUCGAACAGCUGAAGCCGUGAGAAUAUUGUUUUUGAAAGAAAAGUGGUGAUGGAGUUCACCUGAAAAUGAACCGGUGUAAUAAGGUCCACUCCACCAGAGCGCCGCCACGACUCAGUGGCUACUUAGAGUGAAAGCAAUGUCAGGGUUAUAAUGUGAAGAAUCUAGAGGUAACAACAAACUCACUGCAGCAGGAAACUAGGCAAUUCUGCAGUUGUGUGAAAGGAUCAGGAACGCUUUCCUCACAGCUCGAUGAAUCAUGGUGAGGGUGCUGUGGUGCCAUCUCUGCCUGAAGGGACCCACCUUUACAGUUCAAUGACUGAAGACCCCAUUUGAGUCAAAUGGUUCAUCAAUCUAACAUCUGCAUUAAAGGGUAGAACACGUGGAGAUAAAAUGUGACACGGAUACCUGCCCAAAAGCAUCCAGCUGCCCUUUCCUGUUAGUCUGUUUAAAGGGGAAUUCCAUCAAGUUUUCAAAAUUUCGGCACGACUGAACUGUUGUGAUGUAAACCAAGUCAUUCAGAGUGGAUUGAUGUGACAUGAUUCACUGUAGAGAAACUUACUGUCUCAGAUUUCUUUACAGUGGUGGUGAUAGGAACCAGGGGUCACGAUGUCUAUAACAUCUCCAUAGCUACACAGACGACAUCCAGCUUUACACAUAUGCUGAGCCAAACAGCACCACUGCUCUAAAUGCUCUGACAGACUGCAUAGCCAAUAUUGUUAAGUGGAUAAAUAGAAAUUUCCUUAAACGUAAUGCAGAAAAAACUGAAAUUCUUCUUAUUGGGAUCAAUGCUAAAACAGAUAAAAUUAUGAGGGUAAUUAAGGAAGUCUGUCCCCACUGGUUAAAGCAGUAGUGAGGAAUCUGGGUGAACUGUUUGAUUCUGAAUUAAAGCACACAUUGAGAACGUUAUUCAAACUGCCGUUUGCUCAUGUUAGACCAUAUAUUAGUCUGCAUGAUGAUAAGAAACUGACGCAUGCAUUUGUUUUCUCAUGUACUUGACUACUGGGUCUCACUUUAUUUGGAUAGUCCACUAUAGUCCCCUAUUACAGAGCCCUGAUGAUGACAUCCUGUAUAAAUAAAAAUAA